UCUACCCCGGGGAGGUGGUGGCGUCACGGGAACCAAUCGGAACCCGGCAGCGGCGGGACUUGGUGCCGGACCUGAAGGCGAGGGGGCAGGCUGGUUGGUAAACAAGCGCCGCACCUCGUGGUGCCUCGGGGAGGGAGGUGCUGCGGCCGAAGCAGGGAGCAGCAUUCGGGGGUCGGCGGUGCUUUGUGUGAGGCGCGCGCUAGACGUGGUCAGUCAUGGCGGGUGAUGCCAUCAUGGUGAUGAGAGGGCUGACAAUGCUUAGUAAAGCAGUAAUAGAAACCCAAGCAGGACAACUCCGGCAAGUUGUCUUUGCUGGCGAUGCAGCAACCAUAGCCAGGAGCUUUCAGGCCACUGCAGAAGAACGGUUUAGUGCUGCCAUGGGGAAGAUGCAGGAGUUGGGCAAACAGCAGGAAAAUUUGAAAGAGCUUGAUGAGGACUUUGGAAAAGAUUACAGCUUCUCAGAGUCAGAGUUGGGAGGUGCUGCAAAGGACUUCUCUCCUCCUCAACACCAGCCUCAAAAACAUGGUGGUGCGGAGGGUCCAUCUCACUCUUAUGUUUCCAGUGGACCUUUUUCAAAUGUUGUUGAGACCGGUGAUUCCAGUCAUAAUCCAAAUCCCCUCUCUACCAAAGUGAAUGCAAAGCUGUUUGGAGGGUUUAGGGACCUUGGAUAUCCUUUCUCUGCUACCUAUGGACAAAGCAGGGCUUUUCAUCAAGACCAUUCCUCUGUUGGUGGACUGACAGCUGAAGAUAUUGACAAAGCCAGACAAGCUAAAGCGGAUCCACAGCAGCACAAACCACACAAGCAGAUGCUGAGUGAACGUGCCCGGGAACGGAAGGUGCCAGUUACCCGAAUUGGCAGACUUGCUAAUUUUGGAGGGUUAGCUGUUGGCCUUGGCAUUGGAGCAUUAGCAGAGGUUGCGAAGAAAAGCCUUAGAUCUGAAGAACGCAACGGAAAGAAGGCUGUUACGGAUUCCAGCCCUUUUCUGUCAGAGGCCAAUGCAGAAAGAAUUGUGAGGACCCUAUGCAAGGUUCGGGGAGCUGCCCUGAAGUUGGGCCAAAUGCUGAGCAUUCAAGAUGAUGCCUUCAUCAACCCUCACCUGCAGAAGAUUUUUGAGCGUGUCCGCCAGAGUGCUGACUUCAUGCCUCUGAAGCAAAUGAUGAAAACUUUGAACAGUGACCUUGGCCCGAACUGGCGUGAUAAGCUAGAAUUCUUUGAAGAGCGACCCUUUGCUGCAGCUUCAAUUGGACAGGUUCACCUGGCUCGCUUGAAGAAUGGCACAGAAGUUGCCAUGAAGAUCCAGUAUCCUGGUGUGGCCCAAAGCAUCAAUAGCGAUGUCAGUAAUCUGAUGACUGUUCUGAGUAUGAGCAACGUUCUUCCAGAAGGUCUCUUUCCUGAGCAUCUGAUUGAAGUUCUGAGCAGAGAAUUAGCCCUGGAGUGCGACUACAAGAGAGAAGCUGCUUGUGCAAAGAAAUUCAAGGAACUGCUGAAGGACCACCCGUUCUUCUAUGUCCCUACUGUGGUGGAUGAGCUGUGCAGCCAGCAUGUCCUGACAACUGAGCUGGUAUCCGGAUUUCCUCUGGAUCAAGCUGAAGGAUUAAGCCAGGAGAUCCGGAACGAGAUCUGCCACAACAUACUACAGUUGUGCCUGCGAGAGCUUUUUGAGUUCAGAUACAUGCAGACUGAUCCAAACUGGUCCAACUUCUUCUAUGACCCAGAAUUUCACAAGGUGGCGCUUCUGGAUUUUGGAGCAACAAGAGGUUUUGAUCUGGAGUUCACGGAUGUCUACAUUGAGUUAAUCAAGGCAGCUGCUGACAUGGACAGAGAGAGUGUGUUGAAGAAGUCAAUAGAAAUGAAAUUCCUGACUGGUUAUGAAAUAAAGGCCAUGGAAGAUGCCCACUUGGAUGCUGUCCUCAUCCUGGGAGAAGCUUUUGCAUCCAGUGAACCUUUUGACUUUGGCUCGCAGAGCACAACUGAGAAGAUUCAUGGCUUAAUCCCAGUCAUGCUGAAGCACAGGUUGAUCCCUCCACCAGAAGAGACCUACUCUCUCCACCGGAAAAUGGGUGGUUCCUUUCUCAUAUGUUCCAAACUGAAAGCCAAAAUUCCAUGCAAGGACAUGUUUCAGCAGGCCUACAGUAAUUAUUGGAAUAGGAGGGCCUGAAAGGAACAGUAACACAGAAUAACUUCCAAUUGUCCUCUUGUUUUUUAAUGGCCAAUCAUCCACAGUGCAAUUUCUUCUCUGUUAUAACUUCAGAAUCUCCUUAACAGUGCAAUAGCCUGCCUAUGGGAAGCAGAAUUUCCUGAUUAAGAGACAAUGUUAUCCUUUUGUCGGGCAUAUCUCCUACACUUUAUAUUCUUACCAGGUUAUCUGUGCAGCUUCUAUUUUACCGGUAAUUGUAGUUUAUUUAGUGUAGGGACUGUGGGGAAGGAUAGGCAGCUGUGUUUUUCAUUCUCCUUGGUAUCCACUAUCUUUCUUAUUUCAUACCUUUAUCAAAUGGAUUUUUAAGAUGUGGAAUAGAGGAAAGAACCAACAUUUGGCAAUGAAGUCCACUUUCAAUUCUCUGAAUGUUUGUGGGGGUUUUCUUUUCUGUUCCGCUAAGGGGGAAUACUAGUGGUUUCACAUUAAAGUAUAGUCUGCCAGCAUUAACUCAAAGAAAACCCAAUUUUUAUGAUGUUCGGGAGUCUAAGUGUGGGAUCUUGCAGAUGGAGCAGUGUAUGAUUGUGUACAUAAGUGAUUUUAUUCCUUUAGUUUUCAGAGCAGUGCCAAGGAAAGGGAAGGUUUAAAACAGCUGGAUACGCAAGUGGGACAGUGGAGUAUUUACAACAUCUGAGGGUGAAAUUCAGUAGCCAGAUUCUGUGCUGAAUCCAUAAACAGGAGAAUUAGAGAAACAAACUUGAACUGUGGCUUUUGUAGAAACUCAGCAUUGAAGCUACACUUUUUCCAUACCUGCGUCUUUAUAAUGCAGUUUUUGAUGUGCUUCUCAUAGCAUCAUUUAAGGUGUUUAAAGUUUUCAUUGAAAAGCAUAACACAUGUUUAAUAGCUGAACGCACAACUUUAAGCAGCUGGAGGCAAGCUGGCAGGGUUUUUUGUACAAUAGUAGUAGCUGUACAACUUCCAACUGGUUUCCAAUAAAGAAGUGCUUGUACAGAUA